UCUUUCCUGACCUUCACUGGUAGAUAUUGAUCUAUUUGAAAUUUUCUGUUUAUAACUUUAGGGUUAUUUACUAAUUAAAAAAAUAUGGUGCAGAAAAAAGUCUGGGCAGCAAGCAACGACGGUGCAAUCGAGUACAUUUCAUUGACAUCAGAAUAUCUCGAGGACGCCUUGGAUGUCCUGCGGAAAAGCUUUUAUCGUUAUGAAGCAGGAUGUUUUGCUGUAGGUUUGUCGGAAGACCUCGAAGCUAUGGCCGAAAUGGAUAGCUACAUGAUUGACGUAGCUAAAGGAGGAAUUUCCAUAGUAGCCGUAGAGAAAGCAACUAAUAUUGUUUGUGGUGUUGCUUUCAACAAAAUUCAGAUCGACCAAGGACCAAGCGGCAAAAAUUAUUACAAGAACUACAUGAACGUGUAUAAGAGAAGAGCAACCAAAGAAAUAUUCAAAUUCAUGGACACAUGUGACGAAUUGAUGGAUGUAUUCACACCGUUCAAUGCCAGUAGUGUCAUGGAAAUCAUGUUCCUAGCUACUUCACCUGAUUUUACAAAGAGAGGAAUUGCUUUGCAACUGUGUGAAGCAUCAACUGAACUGGCAAGAGCACUGAAAAUGAAACAGAAUGUAAAACAGUCGCUCGAUGGAAGAGUUUUGCCAUUAGAACCAACUCCUCAAGCAGUGUCCGCACUCUUUACGUCACCAUAUUCUCAAAAGAUUGGAAGGAAGAUGGGCUGGACUAUUGUCGAUAAAAUAAGUUUCGACAAAUUUUACACCAGAGGAAAACCAUUUUCCAGUGUUUUGGGAAAUUAUGUCAAGUAUAUUACGGUUGAAUGCAAGAAGAUUUGAGUCAUUCGCCAGAAUGUAGAAUAGUUAUGAAGAUAUUGAAUCAUUUUUUUUAAAUUGGUAAUGGAAGAGUUCUUUUGAGUCGAAAAUGGAAGAUUUCUUUAACAUUACUGAUGAUUUGACUAAGAAAAAAUAAACAAGGAAUGUAACAUCAUCAUCUUUGUUUACUUCAUAUACCAUUAGGGUAAAAAAUGAUACGAUAUGUUAUUAUUUAAAACAAAUAAAUGAUUCCAAUCUA